AUGUCUCAAAUUGGCCAUGAGCAAAAUGAUGAAGCCGGGUUUGAGCUUUUUAGCAAGGUACAACCCAACUGGCAAAAUGUAAAGAUAUGGGAGGCUUGGGGCAAGUAUGCACAAAGUCAGUUUACUGAUAUAGAUGGGUCUGUGCCAAAGGAGAGCCUACCAAGCAAGCAGAAAGAAAAGAUCAAGAUUCCACUCAACAACAAUGAAUAUCCCAUCCUUGUAGAUGAGGAUCUGUCUUCCCUGGCAACCUUUUCAGACCUACAGGCUAUCAUCAGGUCUUUUCUGACAACACAUUACCAGAUUUCCACUGGAAACGCAAAGGCUUCAGUACCUUGGACCAGCCUUGCGGAGUGCCCAGGCAACUAUAUCGACUUGCCAAAGGGGUACAAGUUCUGGGAACCAUCAUGUAUGACAAAGGAGGAGACCCGGUGUCUAUUGGACCAUUGGUACAACCAGAAGAACAAUAUAAAUGCCAAAGUUACCUUCAGGUUCAAAUCUAGUCUGCACCCAGUAGCCAAUAAAGGAAAGGAAUCAAAUCCACAACAAGGAACAAGAGGAAAUGAAAUUCUAAGCAAUGAUGAACACAGUGCCAACGUUCGAAGCCAGCCUGGGCCCUCCAAACCAGCUGCAAGGCAACAAACCGUAGCCUUCCAGGAAUUAACAACCAGGCCCGGGCCCUCCAAACUGAUGCCCAACCUCGUCCUGGCUCCCUCUAUCUCAGGGCAGCAAUCUGUAGGUGUAGAAGAAGUGGACAAGGACAGUCCCUGGCAUGCUUCUAUUACACACAAGUCUUAG